AUGCAGAUAACGGGAAUAUAUAAAGGUAAAGCAAUCAUUAUAAAAGAUUCUUACACAGUUAUUAGUACAAAACUUAAGAAGUUCCCAGAAAUGUUUCAUUUACAAACAGGUCCUAAGGAUUCAAGUUGUUUAUUAGCUAAUGAUAACAGAACUGGUGUCAUUUCUGAAGCAUGUAAGUUUGUCCAGGAUGUUGAAACGUUCAUGAAAAACAUAGAUUUAAUCGAAAACUGCAGAAUAGAUGAAAACCAUUUCAAUUUAGAAAAAUAUAGCUCAUUUUACUGUAAACAGGACGUAAGGAUUUUAAGAGAAGGUUUCGUUAAGUUCAGAAAUGAUAUAUUAAAAGAAUUUGAUUUAAACGUUUAUGAUUACGUUAGCAUUUGUUCAAUUGCUAAUAAAUUAUUUGAGAACAGAGUAUACUUCCCUAAUGGAAAUUUAUAUGACCUAUCAAAUAAACCUCGUGAGUUUAUUUCACGCUGUAUUCAAGGUGGAAGAUGUAUGUUAUCUGAUAAUAAGAAACAAAAGAGCGAAAAGAAACUCAUUGCUGACUUCGAUGCUGUCUCACUAUAUCCAUCCGCUAUCGCGAGACUUUAUACUUUAGAAGGAAUUCCGAAAGUUUUGAAGCCAGAAAUGUUAAACAGUGAAUAUUUGUUAAAACAUUUAUUCGAAGAUGACCAGGGCGAGUCUGAAUGUGAUAAAUUCAUUUCCGGAUUCUUUGUUUUAAUAAAAAUAACUGAUAUCAAGAUUAAAAGACAUUUUCCACUUAUAACAGUCGAUCCAGAAUUAAACCCGGAGCUAAAGGCGAAAAGCACCAAGGACAAAGCCAAGGACAAAGCCACUGUUCCAAGAAGUUCAAACACAUGCUGUUUAAUGUACGUGGACCACAUCGCUUUGCAGGAUUUAAUAAAAUAUCAGGGCAUCAGCUGCGAAGUAUUACAGGGUUACUACUAUGAUGAAAAGAGAGAUUUUAGAAUAAGAGAUGAAGUAAAGAAAUUGUUUGAAUUGAGAUUAAAGUAUAAGAAGGAAGAAAACCCGCUACAAGAAAAUAUUAAAUUAAUUUUGAACAGUAUUUAUGGAAAAACAAUUUUGUCCCCGAUAGAGUCGAAAAUUCAAAUCAUUGAUGAUAAAGAUGCUGUUAGGUAUGCCAUCAGAAAUUAUAACCAUAUUAUUAAAUUUGAAGGUUUAGAUGGUUCGGAUAAAACUAUUUUCAAACUCACUAAAAGCAUUUGCAGACACUUUAACUUUUGCCCCUUAGGUGUUAAUAUCUUAUCUAUGUCGAAACGUAUCAUGAAUGAAGUAUUUUGCACGAUUGAAGACUUAGGAUUACAAGCAUUUUAUCAGGAUACAGAUUCGAUGCACAUUUACAAUGAAUACAUACCAAAACUCGCUGCAGAGUUUAAGAAGAGAUAUGGUCGCGAACUUAUUGGAAAGAAUUUAGGUCAGUUCCAUUCCGACUUUGCAGAAAUCACAAAAGGUAAACAAAGUUUAGCUUAUAAGUCGAUAUUUUGUGGAAAGAAGACUUACAUUGAUUUACUCACGAAUGAUUUAAAUGAAGUUGCAUUUCACUGCAGAAUGAAAGGCGUAAAACAAGAUGUUAUAGCUUUAACAGCAAAUGAAAUGUUUCCUGAAGCAGUUAAAUGCGUUUAUGAUGAAGAUAAAGGAUUAAUGAUUCCUCAGGGAAAAUAUGAUAAAGAUAGUGAGUUUUCAGUUAUGAAAUUAUAUGAAGCCCUUCAUAGUAGUCAGGAAAUUGCAUUUGAUUUAUGCAAAUCAUCAGCACCGUGUUUUGAAGAGAAGUUUAACUUUUCAAUAACGACUAAAAAUACUUUCAUAAGAAAGUUAAAGUUCUGA